AUGACCGUGAACCAGCCCUCUGCCUGUCUGCGCUUCGUCCAACGCAUCUGUCGCGGCUUCCAGUCGACGUCCGGUCACGACUCGGUCACCAUUCCGCAACUGCACGUCACCCAUGCCACUCCCGGCCUGAUCCAUGCGUCGUUUGCGAUCGGUCCGCACAACCUCAACCGUCUCGGCACCCUCCACGGUGGCUGCAUCGCUACGCUUACCGACACCAUCGGCUCGCUUGCCAUCGCAAGCCACGGUCUCUACUCCACAGGCGUCAGCACAGACAUCAACACAACCUACGUCAAGAGUGCCGGUGGAACGGGCGACACCGUCAACAUCAACGGUGAGGUGAUCAGUAUGGGCAAAACACUCGCUUUUACAAGGAUGGAGGUCAGACAUCCCGUGACAGAUGCGCUGUUGGCGUAUGGCUCGCACACCAAGUUUAUCGGGAGAGCGCUCAAGCAUGCUGAAAAUGUCAAGUUCGACAGCAAGGGGUUGCAAGUGCUUGAGGGCAAGCAGCCCGAGGAUUGGUCAGAAGAGUCCAAGAUGUAG